UUCCGGUUGUGCCAUCAUUGUGGUAACAUGAUAGCAGCGGGUUAGUCGCGUCUCAACAACAUCACUUAUAUGAAUAUCGAUUAUCGAACUGGCGCUUUUCGCUCGACUUAAUACAUGAGGCGCUGCUGUAUUGGGCAUUGCUGAAAAGUCUGAUUUCAACAAACUCGGCGUGUUGUCAAUGAUAUCAUACAGGGUAUACUUGUACUAAAAUUGAGACACGCUGCCAAGGCAGUGUAGUAUAAAUUUAUUUUGUAAACUCUGAAAUUAUAUUGUGAUCAUGAAUGGGUUUCUCCUGCUCGUGUUUCUGUUCAUUUCACACGCUAGAGUGGACUGUGUGACCAAGAAUGGCAAGAAAACAUGUUCGCAGCUUACAAGUGCCCGUCAAAACAUUCCACAGACUUUAAUAUUGAAGAAUCCGAGCCAAGGUCAUAAUUUGAAAAUAUGUCGGAGUAAUUUGACAUGUUGUUCGAAGCAAAUGGAGAACGAAUUGUACAUGAGAAGCAGCGGGGUUCUAGAAGGUGCUAUAAAUGAAGAAAUGAAUGCCACACAUCACUUUCUAACAGCACAAGCGUCCCUAUUUGACGGUUACUUCAGGAAUUUGCUAAAAACGUCGAAAGUAAAGUGGCACACUAUGCUUCUUUUAACCUACAAAGCUAUGUACCAACGGAACCGUGAUAUUUUCGACGACUUUUUCUCCACCUUAGAAGAGUACUAUCUGAAUGGUGAUGUAGAUCUUGACAAAUCAUUCAAUUUGUUUUUUCAAAGAAUUCAAAGUACGAUGUUAAAGCUACUAAAAAGCAAUUUGUCCAAUAACCCAGGAUUCUUAUCCUGUACAUCAGAUCGAAUUAAGGAAAUUAAACCAUUUGGAAACUACCAAAUGCAAAUUACGAAUCAGUUAAAGUCGACACUCGUCUAUGCCCGAACAUUUGUUGUCGGACUUCAAGCCGGUAGUAAUAUGACGCAAUCUGUCAUCAACUACUUGUCACGAGACGAGUGCAGGGAAGUCUUUACUAAGAUGCAAUACUGCUCGGUGUGUGAAGGAAUACCUAAUGCUUUAGUGUGCAAUGCAACGUGUCAUAAUCUUCUUCAGUCUUGUUUUGUACUCGACGCACUCCUUGAGUCGCAAUGGAAUGGUUUUAUUCGCGGUGUGUACUUACUAAGCGAAGGUCUCGAUGGUCGUUAUGACAUUGAAGCUGUAUUUGGACAGCUUUCCUACGACAUUUCAAGUGCCAUUAUGGAGUUUCAACGUAAAUUCUCUACCAUUUUUGUGAAGGCGAAAGCCUUGUGUCCCUCAGGGAACAGGAAGAAAAGAGAAAUAGACAACAGCGGAGGUGAUCUGUACUUAGAGGGAGAACGAGUACGAAGAAGCUCGGAUUUAGUUUCACCUUCAUCGACAUCCGAGCAACUACCGCUGCCUUUGGACACGUUUACUAGAGAUUUUCGAGAAAAGAUCGCAGGGAUUAUAACAAAUUCAUGGAUUCGUCGUAUCGAAUCCCUACCAGAGAAAAUUUGUGGUGGUCAAAUUUUGGUCUCUCGCAACCAAAAUCAAAGUUGUUGGAAUGGAGUAGAGAUGGGAAAAAAUUCAGGAAGAGAACCAAGUAUUAAUGUAAACAUUGGUGGAGGCAAUUCACGACGGUUGUUUGUAGAACAAAUGCUGAACUUUCGAAGAAUUGCAGAAAGUGUUUCGGAUCCCGACAAAGACGGCAAUGUUGAUGAAGAUGGAAAUGGUGAACCGGAUUAUAGUGCGAGCGGCAAUGGAUCUGCGUCAGGAAGUGGAUCAGGCUCUGGUUCUGGUGAAUUAUUUACAACUAGAUAUCCUUUCCAUGCCCUGACCAGACUAACGUACCCCCCUGAUCCUUCAGACAGUUCUACUAAGCCACCCCAUGUGGUUAAUCCUGCUACGGAUGGUGGGGAUGAAGGCUCUGGUACAUCAUCAUACAACGAGUACACUACAACUCCGAUAUCAGUAACAGACAUAGCCAUUACCGACGAUGAGGAUUUGAAUAUCCAGUCUGGCUCUGGAGAUAAUGACACGGAUCCCACGAGGGAGCCGAAUAUCUUGUUCAAUCCAACACGCAAAAAAGAUGAUGAGCCAAUAAUUCAUGUCAAGAACAUUAUUGGAACUCGGCCUCCGGAUAAUGGUACUGAUGUUAACGUAAUGUCACACGUCCUGUUACUAUUUCUAAUAUUCGUAGGCCUAAACAACAUUUAGUUCAAACUUAAGAUGAGUUUUGAGACAGACAAUGAUAGUUGUUUACCUGCGUUGAAUUGGAAGUAUUCAAGUUGUAAUUUUAACAUGCAUGAAAUAAUCGUAAUUCAAGUGUGCAUGAUAUGUUUCUUCUGUG